UUUGUCUGUUGUCAUAAUUUAGAAAAUGGCCGCGAAACCAAGUUCUGCUAUUCCAGAAGGACAAAUAACUUCUGAUGAUAUUCCCCUGACAUCUCUGGAAGAAAGCCUUUUAAGUUUAGAAAAACUUGAUCGAGCAUCGCCCGAGCUAUGGCCUGAACAAAUUCCUGGUGUAUCUGAAUUCGCACCAUUGCUUAACCCAAACCAAUCUCCACCCUCAUGGAAUAAAGGACUAACCAAAGAGGACAUGGGCUUAAUUCAACAACUGGGGUCGCUAACCACAAUUGGUCUUAUAAUGGAGGUCAAAAAAUUGCAUGAUCUUGCUUAUCAACUUGGACUAGAAGAGGCCAAAGAAAUGACGAGAGGAAAGUAUCUGAACAUAUUCUCUAGGAAAAAUCGAUAGUGAUUAGUGAUGAUAUGUUCCGAGUUUAAUUUUAAUAUGUUAAUAAUAAUAUAUGUAAUUUAGUUGUACUGGUUUUAAGAAUAAAUUAUAAUUUUAGUUCA